AUGUCUGGGCGAGGCAAGGGCGGGAAGGGGCUCGGCAAGGGGGGCGCCAAGCGCCACCGCAAGGUGCUGCGCGACAACAUCCAGGGCAUCACCAAACCGGCCAUCCGCCGUCUGGCUCGGCGCGGCGGCGUGGAGG